AUGACCAAGAAGAGAAGCUGGAAGAAUAAUGAGACUGUGGUACUCACGGAAGAAUGCAGUGCCAUCAUCCAACACAAAUUGCCCCAAAAAUUGAAGGAUCCUGGGAGUUUCCAAAUCCCUUGUAUCAUUAGGGAAAUCACUGUGGAAAAGGCUUUAUGUGAUCAAGGAGCCAGCAUAAACCUAAUGUCUCUAGCAAUGAUGAAAAAAAUAAGGAUUGAGGAAGCCAAACCAACAAGAAUAGCGCUGCAACUAGCAGACAGAUCAUUCAAAUUUUCCCAUGGGAUAGUAGAAGAUCUGUUGGUGAAAGUGGGAGACUUUAUCUUUCCAGCAGAUUUCAUGGUAUUAGACAUGGAGGAAGGAGCUAAGACUUCCAUCAUCCUGGGAAGACCAUUCUUAGCCACUGCCGAAGCCAUUAUUGAUGUCCAAAAGGGUGAACUUGUCCUUAGAUUACAUGAGGAGAAAAUGACAUUCAAUGUGUUUAAGGCCAUGAGUUACCCACACAAUUCAUUGGGAGAAUGUAUGAGGUUGGACUCCGUAGAAUCUUUGGUACAAGAAACUCUUGAAGAAGAACUUGAAGCAUCAACAGAAGAAGAAUUAGCAGCAAGCGAAGAAGCUGCAGCCGCUGAAAUACAUGUUCAAGGCAUGCUAGAAGAAAAGGAGGAAGGAAAAGAAGUGCCCAAACUGGAGCUUAAAGCACUACCAACCGCUCUCAAAUAUGCAUACUUGGGAGAAAAUAAAAGUUAUCCAAUGAUCAUAAAUUCAGCCCUCAGCCAAGAACAAGAGGAAGAGUUGCUUCAAGUCUUGUGA